UAUCCAUCUUCAUAAUCCUGGCGAAGCUCGUGGAAGUCCAGUUGCCAGGUCAUGCGCACAAGAUGGUGCAAACUGCUUGUUUGGUUCGUUUUCAUCUUCUCCAUUUUCCUGACUAUUCGUCUGCUUCUUGGUAAAGGUAUCACACAAUAUAUUCCUAUCUUCGUGAAGCGUGCAGAGAGACCGAAAAAUGCGCAUCAGCAACAGGAUAUACUAAAUGGACCGUCCACAUACGCCGCGGGUUUGUACAUGGCGGGAAAAAACCCAGAAAACUCGAGCUUUUGCAGGUGGUACAAUAAUAUACAUCAAGAAUUAUCCUAUCCACCAACUGAGGUCAUUUGGAGCCCAGGGGCUGGAGAAAAGGGGCCUUAUAGAAUUCUUCCGUUCAUCAUAGGAGAAUCCAUAAGAACAGAGGAGCUUCCAGAAGUGACCUUAUGUACUCAUGCAACCGCUGAUCAGGUUUAUCACAUUGUUGAACUUGCUAAAAGGUGGGAGGGUCCUUUGAGUUUCUCCAUAUUUGCACCUGGCCUUGAUGCUGGCUUGGCAGUGGCUCUAUUGGAUCGUGCCUGUCGGUGCGAACCUGCUAUGGAGAAGGUUUCCGUUCAUCUAAUUUUUCCAUCUGGCCGACCUCCAGCGCUGGGACACAUAAAUCGGUCUCAGGGAGAUUGUGCAGCUUCAGAUCUUCAGUGGAGGAAAACUGAAACCGAAAGAAAACAAAGAGAUAUGACGUAUCCCAUCAACGUGGCUAGAAACAUUGCUAGAAUGCAGGCAGGAACAGAACGUGUUCUUGUUUCAGAUAUAGAGCUUUUUCCAAGCGAAAAACUAGCUUCUGGUUUUCUAAAAAUGUUACAUGGAAGACCUCUAAAGACGAACGUAGUAUUUGUCGUUCCAGUUUUUGAGAUUGAAACCAAUGAGGAACCACCCAGGAAUAAACGUCAGCUUAUAGCAGCUGCUCGGGUCGGGUUAGCGGUCUAUUUUCACAGGUACGUUUGCCCUCAUUGUCAGAGAUUUCCUGGUCUUACAAGAUGGAUUCUUCGACCCGAUUCAGGAAGAAUAAGCCCACUUAUUGUUACCAGAAGAGAAUUUCCGAAUCACAGAUGGGAACCAGUUUUUAUUGGGACGAGAGAAGAUCCUCUUUACACUGAAGAUAUGACUUGGGAAGGUCGUCAGGAUAAAAUGGCUCAGAUGUUCCAGAUGUGUUUGCUGAAUUACCGUCUUAUAGUCUUAGACGGCGCAUUUUUGGUACAUACUCCUGGAAUUAAGCGCAAGGCAAUUCUAAGUAAUAUCAAACCGCCAUCAAAUCGCGGCCAAGAAAAAAGGAAUGCCAUAAUAUAUCAAAGCGUGGUAAAGCGUUUGCUUAAGCAAUAUCCUUCAAAUCGGCGAUGUAGACAAUAGUAGAAUUAUAGUUUCUGAUGGAAGGGAUUUUCAAACAUGUAAAAUAAAAGCAAAUUGAAUUCCUUGCUAAAAAUAUUGCUUUAAAGAUGUGUGGAUUUAUUAGAUUCACGCGAGUAAGUGCAAUUUUUAAACUUCGUACAAAUUUUACUCUGUGCAACUCAAUAUCAAGUCAUACUUAAGAAGAG